GUGAAAAACUUCUCUCAUCUCUUUCUUUCAAUUUAUUUUGUUCUUGGUGGCCGAGAAAAUUACAUCUCCGCCCACCUCCACCACCGCCGGAGUAAUCCAUGUUAGCUGAUCGGAGGAGCCAUCCAUUGUCGCGUCGCUGUCACGAUUCGCCUUUCAUCGAGGUGAUAUUUGCAGAUCGAUUUAGAUCUGUCGUUCCUAGGGUUCAUCGACGUUACAUAUUUCAUGGUCUCUUGUGAUUGCAUUUCGGAUUUUUUGCUGGAUUUGGGGGAAAUUUAGGGGGCUGUGUAUAUAUGGAGAGAGGUGGGAGGAGAUCUGGUGAAUCUCCAGGGGUAUUGAUUAAGAAACGAAGUUCAUCUGGUUGCUUGAUUGUGAAGAAGAAGAAGAAGAAGAACGAUGAUGGUGUUGGUAGGGUUUGUUCGUUUUCUGAGAGUCGUCCGAAUUGGGAGUCUAAUAAGAGGUCUAGGAUGAUUAUGAGUGACUCUGAGUCUAGCGAUAAACUUGCCACCAUCCCUCAUAAUAUGCGCCACAUUCGUAAUGUUGAAGAGAGUCGUUUUGGGGAUGAUCGUUUUGUGGGGAAGAGUAGAGAGUGGAAGGAGAGUAAUAGGCAAAUAUUAGAUGAAGAUGAUGAGGAUGAGGAUGAGGAUGGAGAGAGUGAAGAUGAAGUAAUGGCAAUGAGGAUGAGGAGGUCCUUUGAUGGUAGCGGAGUUGAUAUUGGUCAGAAAGCUUAUUUGGGGUCUGCGCAAUUUGGUAAUGAUAGGGAAUAUGGAUCUGGCUGUAGUCGUAAAGAUUUAGAUGUUGAGAAGAGAAGAAAACCAUGUAUAGAUGGAUCAGGGAACGUAGGUUUUGCUAAUCAAGGUUAUAGAAACAGGUGUAAGGUGAGUGGAAACGGAAGUAAAACUACUCAUCCUUUAUUGUUGCAGAAGAAGUACAAGCGUGACAUGAUUUUUGAUGGACCAAUCAGGAUGCAGGGCAAAAAUGGUGUCCUUAAGGUGAUGGUGAACAAGCAGAAUAAUAUUGGAGGGUUAGUGCAAAAUGCGAAAGCUGAACAAACUCAAUACGGCUCAAAGAUUCAUGAGACUGGUAAAAUACGUGUUGCCAUCAACUCGCCAACCAUUCUAAAAACUGAAAGUUUGCCGAAACUGCUUCCCCCGGUCAGAAUACAGUCAAAUGGGUUAAAUUUGCCUACGACGUUAACCAUGAAGAGUAAGGGACAUGACCAAGAUUUUGAAGAUAGUAAUGAUAGCUCGGGGCGCGUGCAGAAGAGAAUAAUACAACCACAUAAGCCCUCUCAGAUGUCAAGCACUGGAGGAGAAAAGACUUUACCUGAAUCGUCAACUUCUUCAAAAAUCAGAGAUGGAAUGAUUAGGCGUGGUUCAGGCACAGAAAAACAAAGAUUACGUGAGCGAAUUAGGGAAAUGUUACUGGAAGCAGGGUGGGCGAUUGACUAUAGACCUAGGAGGAAUAGAGACUACCUAGAUGCAGUUUAUAUAAGCCCCAGGGGAACAGCAUACUGGUCUAUUAUCAAGGCUUAUGAAGCACUUCUGAAGCAGUUAAAUAGUGGAGAAAAAGUUCCCAAGCCUUGUGAAGAUAGUUCCUCAUUUAUUCUGAUCUCAGAUGAGAUACUCAGUCAGUUAACUAGGAAAACAAAAAGAAAGAUUGGUAUAGAUAUGAAGAGGGAAGAACAAUCUGCCAGUGAUAAUGAUGGAAAAGCGACUUUUGCAAGAAAUUUUUUACCUGUUAAAAAUGAAGUUGGAAAUGAUGACAGGUAUGUUCAUAAAGAACAGCGAAAUGCCAUGUCAAUGAAGGAUGAGGUCAGUAGCAGAGAUAGUUCACGAGGUACAACUUCAAAAGGUGAAAGCCCUUUGCAUUAUUAAAUUGAAAAAUCAACUGAUUGCUCCUCUCACCGUGUGGACGGAGGGACAAAUAGCAAACAUGGUAGGAGUACACUGUCGGUACGGCGUGCAUUCAGGGGAGAUAAUUCAGAGAGUGGAAAUUGUCGUGACACUUCUAUAAAGAGGUUCUAGUUCUACGUGUAAGUAAAAGUGUUCCAUAAAGAGGUUCUAACGGUGUAAGUGAGUUAUUAUUAAAAUUCACAAACUUCCGAGAUUUUUACUGAUGGCGCUAAAGAGGUCAAAUUAUAUUUUUAAUAUAUAGUAAUGGGUACCGUAUAACAAUGAAAGCAUAAACAGAGGACUUUGUCGUG